CCCAUCUCGGAUAAAACCAAACCUUAAAAAAAUAAAAAUAAAAACAAAAAAUGCUCACUAGAAAUAAAUUAUUAUUAAAAAAAUCAAAUUUAAAUAUUUUAACAAAAUUAUUUUUGCCAUACUCCAAUGCAGCUGCAACUGACAAUCGACCCCAUAUCCCAGUUCUCUUCGAAGAAACCAUAAACUACCUUGAUGCCGGACCAUCCAAGGUAUUUAUUGAUAUGACUUUUGGUGCAGGUGGCCAUAGUCGUGGUAUUUUACAAAAAGCACCAGAUGCAACAAUCUAUGCUUUAGAUCGUGAUCCAAUUGCUCAUGAACACUCUAAACAAUUAGCUGCCGAAUAUCCCGCCGGUCAAAUAAUUCCUUUGCUCGGCAAGUUUUCUGACCUGCCACAGCUUCUAAAAGAACGAAAUGUUAAGCAAGGUACUUUUGAUGGAAUUGUAUUCGAUUUGGGUGUUUCGUCGAUGCAAUUCGACGAAUCGGAACGUGGUUUUUCACACUCAAAGAAUGCCUUUUUAGAUAUGCGAAUGGGUCACGAACAAAUAACUGCCGCCGAGUUUUUAGCCAAAAUCGACGAACCCGAUUUAGCUAAGAUUCUUCGAGUGUACGGAGGCGAAAAGGCAGCCAAGAGAAUUGCCCGUACAAUUGUCGAAUCGAGAUCGACAAUUGGUAAAACUGAAACGACAAAGCAACUCGCCGAUUUAGUUGCAUCGAGCGUAUCACAAACUUACCGAGUGAAUAAGUUACAAAGACGUUCCCAUGUGGCAACGCUUACAUUUCAAGCUAUUCGAAUAUUCCUUAAUAACGAGUUGAAUGAAAUCAACUAUGGAAUGAUUCUAGCUCAGCGGUAUUUGAAGAAAGGGGGUAGACUUGUUAUCAUCACUUUCCAUUCGUUGGAAGAUACUAUUGUGAAGAGACACAUUAAUGGCAAUAUCAUUGAAGGUAUGGCCAAUCCAGUUCCUCUCAAGUACAGUGGACAUGACAUGGUUCAUGACCAAGAUGUAAUGGAAUCGUUGGCAGAGAAAACUUGGAAACAAUUGCAUAAACAUGUGAUUGUUUCCUCGGAGAAGGAAGUUUCAGAAAAUGCCAGAAGUCGUUCAGCUAAGUUGAGAGCUGUUGAAAAAAUUAACUAGCCAAAGGCACUUGUCCAAGAUUUGGGGUAACAUGGUAUCCAGUGGUGAAAUUUGGGGGGGGCAAAAAGAAA